UCCAAACCGGGGUGGGGGAGCCACACCACACCCCCACAUAUCAGGUCCCCAGUCUCCAGAUUCCAGCAUCUCCCCAUCUCAGGUGAGCACCGACAGCCCAUGGGAAGUGAGAAGCCACAGGGGUCCUGGCCCCGGGGGGUCCCACCUGCUUCCCGCUUCCCACUCCCAGAGCUGUAUGCCGGCAUGCCCGUGGUAGGGACGUCCAUGCCGGUGCAGGCCAUGUGUCCCUACUGUGGAAACCGCAUCAUCACGGUGACGACCUUUGUCCCGGGUGCCCUCACCUGGCUGCUGUGUACCACCCUCUUCGUGUUCGGGUGAUGCGUCCUGGGCUGCUGCUUCCUGGCAUUCUGCAUAAGGAGCCUAAUGGACGUGAAGCACUCGUGUCCCGUGUGUCAGCGCGAGCUCUUCUACUACCACCGCCUGUGAGCCCCCAAGAAAUAAAUGCCAGGGGUGCCACCUGGGCACACCCGUG